AUGUCGGCCAUAGGUCAUUGUGCGCUCGUGUCGGAGAGGACAUCUCACCCACUCGCACGCAUGCGAGAGCUUUCGUCGUACAAAGUACGUACAGGCGUACGCAGAUUGGGCGCCAUCGGCCGUGAGAGUGCGCCCCAACACGCGUGCCUACCAAGAGGGUCGCUCACCCAUGGCCCUCAUGAACGGAAGUACCUUGGCGUCGUCGGCGCGGGUCUGUUUCUUUUCUACCACGCUCGGCGUCGAACCCCAUCCCAGGCCUCGCUUCUACGUAUGUUGGAGACAAGAGGCUAUUUUUGA